ACUAUAAAAUGUAUUGAUUUAUUACUAGAGAAUUUCAAAUGAUGUUUAACAUGUUUUAUCUGUUUUAAUAUAUUAUUUUAUUUUAUUUUGAUAUUAUGACUGUUUGAUUUAUGUGUGUUGAUUUUAUUUUAUCAUUUGGAUAUGUGUUACGAUUUGUUUUUCAAAUAAACUUUUUAGUGAUGAUCAAAAUUUUCUAAUAUCAAAAUUACAUAUGUGGUGUUAGUAACAUAAAACAUAUUAGUUCAUUAGAUGUUUUUUUUUUUUGUAGUUAUGUAGUCUGUGGUUUGAAUACAUUAUUUUAUUAUAAAUGCAUGAUAAUGUGGCAGUGUAUUGUUUGUUUAUAUGUUUAUCAUUUUUCAGUAAAAAUACAGUCAUAUGCAAUUGGCUCAUUCCAACCGGUAUGUAAAGGAAUAAAAAUGUAUCAUGAGAAUGGAAAAUGGUUUUAGUGCGUUUGUUUUUUAUUAUUUUUAUUAUGUCAAGUUUUAUGUAUUGAGAACAUGUGAGUUAAUUAGUGUUUACGACUUUACUACUAAAGAUAAUUUAUUCAAGUGUCUUGAGUUGAUAUUAUUUGAGAAAAAAAGAAUUUAAAAAUAAAAAUAAUAUAUUGGUUUAUUAAAGGAUAGAAAGCUAUUUAAAGGAAGUAAAAAAAAUAAUUUAAAAAAUUAAAUUUAAAAUGAUGAUCAAAGUUUAAACUAAUUUUAUGUAUAUGAGAGAGACCUCAUAAGCAGAGAUAAAUGUAUGAUAAUAUGGCAGUGUAUUGUUUGUACAUAUGUUUAACAUUUUCCAAUAAAAAUACAGCCAUAUGGAAUUGGCAUCACAAUGAAGAAGGUUCAUCAUUCCAACUGGUAUGGAAAUGAAUGAAAAUGUACCAUGGGAAUGGAACAUGGUUUUAGUGCGUUUCUUUUUUAUUUUUUUUAUUAUGUCAAGUUUUAUGUAUUGAGAACAUGUGGGUUAAUUAGUGUUGAAAGUGUCUUGAGUUGAUAUUAUUUGAGGAUAUUUUUUUUAAAUAUAAUACAUUGGUUUAUAAAGGAUAUAAAGCUAUUUAAAGGGAGUUAAGAAAACUAUUUUAAAAAUUAUACUUUAAACUGGUGAUCAAAGUUUAAACUAAUUUAUGUAUACGAGAGAGAGAGAGAGAGAUCUCAAAAGCAUAGAUGAUUAGCAAGCUUUUCUUGACAUCAUCCUUAGUGUUUCCAAUUGUUGAUGGAUGAAUCAUUAAUGUAGCACCUGACUUUUUCUCAAUAGAUUCGAUGUUUUUGGAAAAAAACUCAUGGAUUAUGUACUGAUCGGUUCUAGUUUCGCUGAAAAUACGUUGACAUGGAAUUGAUAGCAGAUUGAAAAAUGUUCAUCAUUCCAACCGGAUUAGAAAUGAAUGAAAACGUAUCAUGAGAAUGAGAAGUGGUUUUAUUGCGGUUAUUUUUAUUAUCUUUAUUAUAUCAAGUUUUAUGUACUGACGUAUUGAGAACAUCUAGGUCAAUUAGUGUUUACAACUUUACUAGUAAAGAUGAUUUCUUGAAAUAUCUUGAGUUAGUAUUAUUAAAAAAUAGAAAGUAUUUAUGUGAAUUAAACAAAUAAUUUUAAAAAUUAAAUUUUAAACUGAUGAUCGAAGUUUAAACUAAUUUUAUGUUUUCUCGAAACAUAUAAAAACUGUAACCUAACAUCAAUAAAAGAUAGUUUUUUUUAGCAAAAAAAAUAGAGUUUUUCUAGGCAAAAAAAAUUAAAAUCAGGAAAUUUUUAUAAUGGAUUAUUAUUGUUCACCAACAACAGCAUGUAUUAAUUAAUUAAAAGUGCCUUUAUUUCGUGUGAAUGAAUUUCAAGAAACAAUAAAAUAAAAGAGAAAAAGAGACCAAUUUAUUAAAUGCCAACAAAAAAAAAAGUAAAUUGCAAUUAUUCCCCUCCGCUUGUUUCUUUCAUGACUGUUGUCAUUGCUGGAAUAAAAAGUUAACAAAAUGAUUUUCCUUGUUUUUUCAAAAAGUUACUUACACACUUUUCAAGAUCUAAUUACAAUUUAAUCAGUUGCUCAAAAAAAAAUAUUACAAUUUAAUCCCUUUAAUUAAUUUUCUUAAUCAUCUCAUUUAACAGUACUUUAUUCAGAAAACAAAACCAUAAACGAACUCAACACAGCAGAAAAAAAAGGUUAUAGAGCUACUAAAAGCUAUAGCCCGUAUAAUUGGAAUCUCUCUCUCAUUCUCUGACUCUUGUCUCUGGUCUCCUUGUCUCUAACUUUUGCCAUUGUUGGUCCAAAGCUAAAUCCUUUUUCACAAUCUAUUAUUACAGGUAGGCAGGUGGAUUGAUUCACAAGGAAGUAGUGUGAUUGGCGUCCCCUUGAGUUGUUUAUAUUCAAUUUUGCUGCAUUACAUCUCUCUUCAAGUGCCCAUUUCCUGAUUUGGAUCAUAAGAGUGGAAAGACUUAGCCCCGUUGUUCUUAGCUUUCCACAAAUGGGCUUGAUCAUGUGAUGAGACUAUGUUCUACUUCAAGAUUGGGACUUUGUCAGAAUCUUAAUGACAAAGAUUCUUAGGACAGCAAGAGGAAGGUAACUUAUCCUUAUGAUAUGACAAGUCCUUGGUACAAGAGUGUUUCUUCUAUGUUUGGUCUCAGACCACGGAUCAAAGCCUUGCUUUUCUUUAUCCUCGGUGUCUUAACUCUAGUUACCAUCUUAGCACCAUUGUCAUCCACUUCAUACGACGCUUCUACUUCUUCAACACUCGUCCCCAACAUUUAUAGUAACUAUAGAAGAAUAAAGGAGCAAGCUGCUGUUGAUUAUCUCGAUCUAAGAUCUCUCUCUUUAGGAACUACUCUAAAAGAGUUUCCUCUGUGUGCUAAAGAAAGAGAGAGCUAUGUGCCUUGUUACAACUCAACGGAGAAUCUCCUUGCUGGGCUUCAAGAAGGUGACGUGUUGGACCGACACUGCGAGUUUCAGAGAGAGAAGGAGAGAUGUGUAGUUCGUCCUCCAAGAGACUAUAAGAUACCACUUAGGUGGCCACUUGGUAGAGAUAUCAUAUGGAAUGGGAACGUCAAGAUAACCAAAGACCAGUUUCUUUCUUCAGGAACCGUUACAACGAGGUUAAUGUUGCUUGAAGAGAAUCAAAUCGCAUUUCACUCGGAGGAUGGGCUGAUCUUUGAUGGGGUCAAAGACUAUGCUCGUCAGAUCGCUGAGAUGAUUGGCUUAGGAAGUGACACUGAGUUUGCUCAAGCUGGUGUACGGACUGUGCUAGAUAUUGGUUGCGGAUUUGGAAGCUUUGGUGCACAUCUAGUGUCUCUAAACCUGAUGCCUAUAUGUAUAGCUGAGUAUGAAGCAACUGGUAGCCAAGUCCAGUUAGCUUUAGAGAGAGGCCUUCCUGCAAUGAUUGGCAGUUUCUUCUCAAAACAGUUUCCUUAUCCUGCAUUGUCUUUUGAUAUGGUCCACUGUGCUCAGUGUGGCAUUACUUGGGACAUCAAAGAUGCAAUGCUACUUUUGGAAGUGGAUCGUGUUCUGAAACCGGGAGGGUACUUUGUUUUAACUUCUCCCACGAACAAAGCACAGGGAAACUCGCCAGACACGAAGAAAACAAGCAUCUCAACACGAGUGAACGAGCUGUCUAAGAGAAUAUGCUGGAGUCUUAUAGGGCAGCAGGAUGAGACGUUUCUUUGGCAGAAAACUACAGAUUCAAAUUGCUAUUCGUCUCGGUCGCAAGAUUCAAUACCUCUUUGCAAAGAUGGAGAUAGUGUUCCUUAUUACCACCCACUGGUUCCAUGUAUAAGCGGUACAACAAGCAAACGCUGGAUACCUAUUCAGAACAGGACUACCUCAGCUGAGCUUGAGAUUCAUGGUUUGAAACCUGAAGAGUUCUUGGAGGAUACACAAACAUGGAGAACAUCACUUAAGAACUACUGGUCCUUGCUUACGCCUUUGAUAUUCUCAGACCACCCAAAGAGACCUGGUGAUGAAGAUCCUCUCCCUCCUUUUAACAUGAUACGCAAUGUGAUGGACAUGAAUGCUCGUUUCGGGAACUUAAACUCUGCUUUACUCGACCAUGGCAAAUCCGCGUGGGUCAUGAACGUUGUCCCGGUCAAUGCACGUAACACUCUUCCUCUCAUACUUGACCGUGGCUUUGCCGGUGUUCUACAUGACUGGUGUGAACCAUUCCCAACGUAUCCAAGAACGUACGACAUGCUUCAUGCCAAUGAACUUCUCACACAUGUUAGCUCAGAACGGUGCAGCUUGAUGGACUUGUUCUUGGAGAUGGAUCGGAUUCUUCGCCCAGAGGGAUGGGUUGUUAUAAGCGACAAGGUGGGAGUAAUAGAGAUGGCACGUGCACUAGCGACUCGAGUGCGUUGGGAAGCACGUGUCAUUGAUCUUCAAGACGGUAGCGACCAAAGACUUCUUGUCUGUCAAAAACCAUUUCUCAAAAAAUGAAUUGCUGCGAGUAUAUUCUUCUUUCACACCAUAAACAACACUCACCAGUCACUACUACACACUGUCUUUUGACGGUUAUUUGUUCUAAACCGAUCCAAACUAUGCCUCCUGCUAUAGCUCUGUAGAGAAAUUAUUCUUUUCUCAGACAGAAGAACAGUUGAAGAAGGUUUUGUAAGAGUGGAAGUUGUAGCUAUGAGUAGAAGAAAAGAGUUAGAUUCAAUAUUCUUUGUAAUUUUUGGUCUGGAAGGAACACUACUGUAGCUAUAUAUAAUUUUUUUCAUUCAUCCAAUUUUUGUUUGCUCUUCAAUUUUGUAAACAAGAUAACGUCUUUUAUUUACUUUCGAAAUUGUAUUGUUUCUGUUUUUGAAGGCCUGAGAUGUGAUAGUAAAUGAGUUAUUUACACAUUA